AUGUCACUGCUUCUCCUUCAGAUCUUAGUGCUCUCAUGUCUUGGAGCCACAGAGCUACAGAGAACUUCACAGCAAAGGAAAAGCAGAAGGCCAUUUCAUCACUUUCUCUACGUGAACAAAAAGCUUUUUGAAAGUCAAAGUUCUCCUGAGCUGGUAAGCGAGAACCCAAUAGUCGUUGAAGAGACCCUGAAAGUACCAAGCUUUUUUGUAUCAAUUCCACAGACAGCAUCUGGAAGUGAGAAGAAAGAGGAGAAAAAAAUGUCUAGAUUCAUCCUUCCCAAUGCAGGACUCCAUGUAGACCAAAACCCGAGAACAUGGGUUGCACCCCGAGAGAUCUCUCCUGUGGAAAACUUCUCUCCACCCCAUCAUUCCAACAAGAGAGAAUCUGAAUUUCCCUACAGAAAAGAUGCCAAGAAAUUCUGGGACCAUUUCAUGCUAAAGAAAAAUUCAGCAUCUGAAGAGGUUGUCCUGCCAAUUAAGACCAAUGAAAUGCACCAAGAAAACUGCAGAACCCUGCCUUUUGCCCAGGGUGUUACUCAUAACGGCUGUGAGAAGGUGAUCAUACAGAAUAACCUAUGUUUUGGAAAAUGUAGUUCUUUUCAUGUUCCUGGUUCAGAAGAUCAUCUUUAUACCUUUUGUUCUCAUUGCUUGCCCAGCAAGUUCUCUAUGAAGCGCCUGGAUCUCAACUGCACUGAUUCUGUUCCAGUGGUCAAAGAAAUCAUGAUUGUAGAAGAGUGUAAAUGUGAAACUCGGAAGAUUAAAGAUCGUGUGAUUGGAUCUCUACUGUCAGACUUGCAUGAAAAUGUACAUGAGCACAAUUAA